AUGGGGAACGCCGUCCUCGCGUGUCUUCAUAGCAGCCUCAGUGUGUGCUGCAACAAAAGUGUCUAUCAAAUCCGCGUCGCGGGCCCCGCCCAGGCAGGAAAGACUUCCAUCAUCAAGUGGAUGAAGUACAGGCAGUUCUUCAAGCUCGCGCCCACAGAGGGUCUGGAGGUGGACCGCGUCGACUACCCCGACACGGCUCUCGUCAUGUGGGAUACGAGGCAGCACUUUGAGGACAUGGUCCGGCCGCAUCACCUCGACAUAAGAGGCAUCAUCUACGUCGUCGACAGCUCCGACCCCGGUCGACUCAGAAUCGCGAACCGGGCGUUAGACCGGCUUCUUCGGGACCUGCCGGACGCCAAUGUACUUCUAGUCUUCGCCGCGAAGCAGGAUCGUCCAGGAGCCAUGCCAGUCGCAGAUAUUCAGCACCAGUUGCAGCUUCAGCAACUGGUUGACAAAGAGUGCGGCGUCUUCGCGUGUAGUGCGAAAACCGGCGAAGGCAUCGACGAGGGCAUCUCAUGGCUAGUGAGGCAGCUACGGCAACAAGACGGCACGGGGUGCUGCACAACGGAUCAGACAAUCCCUUGCUUUUUACAGCAGGUGCCGUCGUGA